AUGAAGUUUUCUGGAAUUCUUUUAUUAGUCGCCCUCUCCAUGGUAAAUGCUUUACCGCAUUCUGGAUAUCCAAUUGCUGAAUCAUACCCAAUUGCAUCAUACCCAAUUGCUGAAAGAUUCGAAGGGAAUCCAAAAGAUCUGAAUAAUCCAACUAUCGAAUCAUACCUAAUUGCCGAAAGAUCUGAAGGAAAUCCAAAAGAUCUGAAUAAUCCAACUGCCGAAUUAUAUCCAAUUGCCAAAAGAUUUGAAGGAAAUCCAAAAGAUCUGAAUAAUCCAACUGCCGAAUCAUACCCAAUUGCAUCAUAA